ACUUCAGUCUGACACUGCCCUGUAGUAGUGCGGCUGAUUGUAUACAAUGGCAACAGCUCGCAUUCCAAGCCAUUUGAGAAAACUGGUGGUGCACAACAUUACAAACAAGUUUCGAGAUGCUGUAAAGACGGUCUCCGUCCAGAUACCACAGUUAGGGCCUACUGACUUGCUGGUCAAAACAAGGUUUGUUGGAAUCAAUGCAUCGGACAUAAACUACACUGCUGGUAAAUAUGAUCCCAAGAAAAAGCCACCAUUUGAUGCUGGAUUUGAGGGUGUUGGAGUAGUUGUUGAUAUGGGAGAUGCCUGCAAAGGUUUCAGUCUUGGGCAGCCUGUAGGCUACAUGAAAUAUGGAUCAUUUGCUGAUUAUGUGGUCCUAUCAGCCAAAACUGUCUUCCCACUGCCAGAAGCAAAAGCUGAGUAUGUGCCAUGUCUAGUUAGUGGGUUGACUGCUGCUGUCAGCCUGGAUAAGGUUGGAGAAAUAAAGUCGGGGGAGACGGUUUUAGUGACAGCUGCUGCUGGGGGCACAGGACAGUUUGCUGUUCAGCUUGCCAAAAAUGCUGGAUGCCAUGUUAUUGGAACAUGUUCUACAGAUGACAAAGUGGAAUUUCUUAAGAGUAUUGGUUGUGACAGGCCAGUCAAUUACAAGAAAGAAAACCUGAAUGAGGUGCUAAAAAAAGAAUAUCCAAGGGGAAUAGAUGUUGUUUAUGAAUCUGUAGGAGGAGAAAUGUUUAACAUUGCAUUAGGAAGGCUUGCUCUCCAUGGACGUCUCAUUGUUAUUGGUUUCAUAUCUGGUUAUGAGACAGAUCUUGGUUUUAUCCCCACAAAUUUAUCCACUCUGCCACAAAGGAUCCUGCCCAAAUCAGCCAGUGUGCGAGGAUUUUUCCUGUUCCACCACUACCAGCAUUUCAAGAAACAUUUUCAGAACAUGAUAAGUCUGAUUUCAGCAGGGAAUCUGAAGUCGAUAGUGGACAAUGGUAGACACUGGCCAACAGGACCUUUUAGGGGACUGGACUCUGUACCAAACGCUGUUGAUUAUCUAUAUUCAGGAAAAAGUGUGGGAAAAAUAGUGGUGGAAUUUCCUGAUGAGGAGCAGAGCAAGCUUUGACCACAUCUUGUCUACAUGAAAUUAAAACCACAAAUAACACUGUACUCCCAUUACAAGUUAUCAUGAUGAACCAAAGCUAAGACAGCAGGUUAAUUUUGAAUUGUUACCAAUUUAGUUCUUUGAUGGCAUCAGCAUUUGAUUUGUAUUGCAGAAUUUAAAGACAUGUUUUACAAGGUAUUUGUAAGGGUUACAUUCUUUUCCUUGUCUGAACUACCAGAUAUAUUUCAUCUUGUCCCUUGUUAUAAUGUGCUCAAUACAUGUACAUUGCUGAUGUUGUACACAGAGAUUAGAUGCUGAAAAUGACUGAUUGGAAAUCAAUAACAUAAGCAUAUUAAAUUUUAUUAAUUUUUUUUAAAUGAUGCAAUUUAUGAAAGAAACUUGUAAGUACUCAUUAAAUUUGAUAAAUGAUUUAUUUUCUGAUAUACCAGUGUAAUGAAAUAGAUGACAGCUUUAAACCUUGAGUAAAAUGAAACACAAAAAUAACAUUUGAAUCACUUUAGAGAAUAAGGAAAAAAUAAAUGAAACUUCUAUUUAAGAUGGAAAUUAUUUUUGAUACAUAUUUCACAAUUAACUUAUAUUUUAUGCAUGUGUAAUAGGAACAUUUUUCCUUUUAUAAAGCCUGAAAAUGUACAGUCAAGUGAUAUGAAUAAAUGUUCCCAGUGGACCUUUUGCUUUAUUCAAUUGCUUAAUUGUAAUAUUUUAUUAAAUAAGCAUCUUCCCUAUAAUUAUUGUGAACAAUCACAUAUCCCAUUUUAGUUAAAGGGCAACUCCAUGGGA